AUGGAAUCAAAUGCUGGGUUCGUGCGGUUGCCUUCCAAAGAGCAUGGCGAUGACCGCCACCCGCAGGACCGUGUCAACCUUUGGCGUACAGCUUUUCAGGAUCUGACUCAAGAUGCGGCUAUGCUGAUGAAUUGCAUUUGUGUUUUGAGCUCUAAACCUAUUCCCCAAUACCUCUUCAAACCAAUCAAUGCGACCAUACCCUUAGGGUUCGACCUUUUUGAGGAUGCUGGCAGGCAUUUGAUCGAGAUACAGCAAUAUGUGGAGGCUGAGCGUACCGUCUUGGAUCGUUUAGAUACCGUGGAGGAUGGUUCAGCCUUCGCUGCUAGAGUUCACCGAAACAUGGUUGGGCUUUAUGAGAGAACUGGCCGCAGCAUUCGUGCCAAGGCUUCUGCAUCCUUGGAGUUCGAGAUUGUUACAAGACAAUCUCAGAGUGUAGACAACAAUCUUGCUAAUUCCUGGCACAAUGUAGGCUACACGAUGGUGUCUGCUUUUGAAGCUGCAGAUGCGGUGCCCUAUCUUGACAAGGCGAUUUCGAUGGCGGAGGAUGUAGAUGAGUCAAGGUGCUGGCAACAAUUCAACAUUGACCGCUUCUUGCGCAACAGAGCACGAGCUCACCAGCAACUGCUGCGCUUUGAGGAAGCUGUUCGUGACUUUGAGAAAGCAGAGUACUACCAGCAGAAAAUCCAUGGGUCAGACAGUCAUUAUGAUGGAGAAACUCAUUACGAGCGUGCCAAGAUUGAAGCUUGGCGUGGCAACCUUGCAGAAGCAUACUCACUCGCCACGAAAGCUCAUGAUUUGGUGUCCGCAGACAAGCCCACACAAGCGAGUGUAAUGGCAGCACAAUACCGCCUGGGAUGGAUUGCCAUGCUCCAGGAGAAGAAUGACCUUGCGCUGCAACACCUUGAGAAGUCGCUUGCUAUUUCAAAGGGCAAUGAGAAGGACAGAGCAAAGUCGGGCAAGUCGGGCGAGUCAGCCAGAACCCAAUGGCGUAUGUCACAGGUCUUGGAGCGGAUGGGCAAAGAAGAAGAGGCCAGGAGUCUUCGGGAGACGGCAGUAAAGGUUAAAGAUAGUCUGCUUGCGACCGCUGACUACGCUCAAGUUGAAGAUGAGGAGAGUUCUUGGGAUGCGCUGGUCGGGUUGCUAUUUCGUUGA